GUUUUUGUGUGAAAAAUCUGGCGAAGAGAUUCUGUUAAAAUUUCUUCUGUUACUAACUCCUCCUGUUACAACGCCUUUAACCGCCGGUGUGUCGCUCCAGAGAAUUGCGUUUGUCCAGUUGUUUGUCAACGGAAUAGGUAAACCUGCCGCAAUUAGCGAAUUCAAAGGCCACACAAACGAAUUGUCGCGUCGCAUUACGUUUCAGUGCUGCCAACUUUUACGGAGUGCCGGGAAUAUAUUAAAUUGCUGGCCAAACAGACGCGCUGCAGCCGAUAUGCUCACGCCGUUGGAUUGAUUUGCUCGUCCUUUUUGUUGGGUAAACUCCGAAGAGUCUGAUUAGUGUUCUCCAGCCUCUAAUUUGGUCGGAAAAACGCCGGCGAACUGUCGGACUCCAGCCGAAAAACGGCCAAGCUGGCAGCACUGCCAGAACAAAAAAUGAAGUGAAUUACGGAAAAAAGGGAUAGCUAAAAGAAAAGCCAAAAGAAAAGCUGGUAGAGUGUGCCAAUGACAGUGGCCAGCGAGGACCUUUAUUUCCUAUUCCAUGACGUUUUGUUGAGUUGUCCACUGCUCUAGGUGGUCAUUUUAUCAUCAUCACCAUUAUUGUCGUCUACGGAGUCGGUGUUUUUUAGUCAACUACCCACCAGCGAAACGGCCUUGAGGAAACUCAACAGCACCUGGUCAUCUAAGUCUUGAUCAUCACCUUAGUCUGGGUUUCCCAUCACACAGUUCAGUUAUGUCAUCCACCGCCGGUAAGCGCAAGGAGAUCUAUAAAUAUCUCGCACCAUGGCCACUGUACUCCAUGAACUGGAGUGUUCGGCCUGAUAAGCGAUUCCGACUCGCACUGGGCAGCUUCAUCGAGGAGUACAACAACAAGGUGCAGAUCAUCAGCCUGGACGAGGACACAAGCGAAUUUAGUGCUAAGAGCACCUUUGACCAUCCAUAUCCGACAACCAAGAUCAUGUGGAUACCGGACUCCAAGGGCGUCUAUCCCGAUCUUUUGGCCACCAGCGGAGACUAUUUGCGGGUGUGGCGUGCCGGCGAACCAGACACACGGCUUGAAUGCGUUUUGAACAAUAACAAGAAUAGUGACUUCUGCGCCCCGCUUACCUCGUUUGAUUGGAACGAGGUAGAUCCAAAUCUGGUUGGCACCUCCUCAAUAGACACCACAUGCACUAUAUGGGGACUGGAGACUGGACAGCCGCACGCCCGCGUCUAUGUGGCGGGACACGUGAAGACGCAGCUGAUUGCCCACGACAAGGAGGUCUACGACAUUGCCUUUUCGCGGGCAGGCGGCGGUCGGGACAUGUUCGCCUCGGUGGGAGCUGAUGGAUCGGUGCGCAUGUUUGAUCUGCGCCAUUUGGAGCAUUCAACCAUUAUCUAUGAGGAUCCUGCCCACACGGCGCUGCUGCGCUUGGCCUGGAACAAACAGGAUCCGAACUAUUUAGCCACUGUUGCCAUGGACUCGUGCGAAGUUAUAAUUUUAGAUGUUCGUGUUCCUUGUACACCCGUUGCAAGACUGAGCAAUCACAGAGCGUGCGUCAACGGUAUUGCGUGGGCGCCGCAUAGUUCCUGUCACAUCUGCACUGCCGGUGAUGAUCACCAAGCACUGAUCUGGGAUAUACAACAAAUGCCACGUGCAAUAGAGGAUCCAAUUUUAGCCUAUACAGCUGCCGAGGGCGAAGUCAAUCAGAUCCAGUGGGGUGCCACACAGCCCGACUGGAUAGCCAUUUGUUACAACAAAGCGUGCGAGAUUCUGCGGGUCUAAGAGUCAAUUUUUUGGUCUGGUCCCUGGCUAUAGCACCUGGUUGCAAUUGCUGAACAACGCACAGUCAACAAAAAACAGAACGUCAGAAAAAACAUACACUACCCACAACAACACACACAUUUGCUGUUGGUUACUUGAAGGCGGAAAGGAGUGAGCUUAAGUUGUAUCGGUUUUUUCAACACGCUUCCGUCGUUUGUUUAAGGGGGUUCACCCAUAUCCCAGCCGAUCCAACGGUUGCCACGAGAAAAACUAUCCCUUGUUUUUUUCUUUAAUCCGAUCGCAGAAAACACAUUUUCGGUUUUAUUAAACCGAGCCAAAGCAAACUCCCUUACUUUAUUGUCUACUGCAAGAAAGAGAGGAAGAAUAACACAGAAGCACAAAAUUGAAAUGUUUGGCCUGUGUAAUUAAAGGAGAAACAGAAAGGUAUUGAAAGAGAGGGAGGUAUCAAGGAGAAAACGAAGGCGACGGAGCAUGUAUUUUAGAAUUAUUAGCUUAGUUGACCGUACAAGUAUGUAAGUCAUGUCUAUGAGGUAUAACCAAAAUAUGUAUUUCUAAUUAUAGUUUAUUUCACACUUGACAAGACCGCCCAGCCCAUGCAAGCCACAAUCUAUUAGAGGCGCUUCAUUUCAUUUGGUUCUUGAUUAUAUAAACCCAAGUAGAAUAGAGAGAAGCAAGAAAGAAAAAAACAAGUAAAAAAACAAUGUCCUACCUCGUUUUUUCAACUAUGAAUAUUGAUUGUUAACCAAGUUUUUGAGUCUGGCCAAAACAGCGAAAGCAACAGCCACAGCAACACACAAAGAAAAAUAAAAACGGAAUGAUGUAGACAGUAACAACGCUUUUUCGAAAUAUUUUUACUUUGUUCAAUUUUUGUAUGAGAACCAAAAACGGGAAACCAACAAAAACAUGAUAUAAUGAAAAAAACCAUGGACUUAAACGAAUGCAAAACAAACAAAAUACGGUAUGAAUUAAAUAAAUAAGUGGAAGUACUUACAUAUAUAAAAGAAUAAAACAAAAACAAACCGAAGAAAAAAUGCACACAACACAGCUAGAUUCUAAUACUAUUUAAAGAUUCAAACUAAAAGCAAAAGCAAAAACAAAUAUUGAAAUAUAUGAGCGAGAGAGAAUACAAGAUUGUUGCUAUAUCCAUUUAAAGAAGAAACGAAACAGAAAUAAACUAUGAUCAUUUCAGAUAAAACAGGACUCUCCUUGAAUAAUCCCAACAACAUCACAUAC